UGGUUGCUGGUUGCUGGUUGCUUGUUGUUUCUUGAUUCUGGUUGUUGCUGGUUGUGUGUUGCUGCUGCUGGCUUGAUGCUGUUGUGGAUGCGUCGUGAUGGUAUUCAUACAGUUGGAAUAUUUACUUUGUUAUUAUGUUUGUAAUAGUUAUUGUGAUACUAUAUGUAUUUCCUGGACCUAAUUUUGGCCUUCCAUGUGGGAUGUACCUGGUUUAUUCUGUAAAUAGGUCUUGUUUAUAUUUGGGUGUACUUAGUGUUGGGUUUGUUCUUGCUCCCCAUCGACUUGCAACUCUUUUGGCCAAAGAGAGAAGCCAUUCACUGACUUACAUUGGAUGCAUAAAGAAAGGACCUGUGACAACUAACCCUCAACUGAAGUGGUAUGCGAAAUCAGGACAUCUGAUUGGUAGUGAAUAUUUCUUGCAUGCUUAUGGUCCUAUCUAUGCUCUUUCUGCAGAGGUGGUAGCAUCACUGCCAAUUGCUAGAAAUAACAGUUUGAGAAUGUGUAGCAAUGAGGACGUCACGCGAAAUCAAACUGCUUUCCCAUAUGGAUCAUGAGAAUGUAAUCACAACUUUACAUAAAUUAUAGUGCUUGCUUAGUUGUUUGGGGUCACAGAUGAUUGAAUAGGAAUAGAGCUUAACACUUGGUAUGAUUUUAGCCCCCGUCUGCUCUGAUUUUGUUCAUAUGCAUUAACUUUGCUGAUUUUCUAAAAUUCACCAACUGAAAAACACCUUAAACUUAACCGAAAAAGGGCGUUAAGAGGGAAAAACUGCGAAAUAGCCCCCGAACCACCGUUCGGAUGUCACGGCCACCUUCCCUGUAACAAAUAGGACCUGUGACAACAGACAGAAUGUAAUUAGCACGUGUAUGUUGGGAGAUAGAGCCAAAAAUGUCUUAAACUUAACCGAAAAAGGCGUUAAGGGGGCGAAACUGCGAAACAGCCUCCGAACCACUGUUCAGAUGUCACGGCCAGCUUUCCCGUGACAAAUAGGACCUGUGACAACAGACGGAAUGUAAUUAGCACGUAUAGGUUAGGAGUUAGAGCCGAAAAGGCCUUCAACUUAACCGAAAAAGGGCUUUAACAAGGCGAAACUGCUUAACUGCCCCCGAACCACUAUUCGAAUGUCACGGCCACCUUCCCUGUAACAAAUAGGACCUGUGACAACAGACGGAAUAUAAUUAGCACGUGUAUGUUGGGAGUUAGAGCCGAAAACGCCUUAAACUUAA